AUGACAAUCAAUAGUUAUUUCGAAUUAACAUUUCAUUUAGUUUCUAAAUAUAUCAAUACUUUAUACCCUUCAACUUCUGAUUAUAAAUUAACUCAAAUUGUUAGUGAUACCAAAUUGAAACAAUCAGAAUUAUAUAUUAAAGAUGAAAAAAUCUUAAUAUUCAGUUUCACAGAAAUAUCUAAAUAUCAAUCAUUAGUCAAUGUAAUCAAUAUAGAAGGUAGAUUGGAUAAUGCAUUAUUCAAUUGGGAAUGGUUCUCUCUAGAUGAUAUAAAAUUCCCACUUGAAGAUGAAACUGAAAUCCCCCAAGAUAUAAUUGAGAAAUUUAAUAAAAAAUUUAGAAUCUUACUUGAUCAUGAAAAAGCUUCAUCAAUAUUUGAACAUCAUCAUGGAGGGAAUUCUCAUGAUGUAGAAGCAAAAGAACCAAUAAUUGAAGAACAACAAACAGAUACAGAAGAAAUCCCACAAUCAGCCACCCCUGAAAUCCCAUUCAACCCUCCUUCUCACCCACCUCCAGCAUCCACCACUUCACAACAACCAUUCCCAGAACAAAAGGCACGUCCGGCAGACAUGCCCGAUUUUGACGACGAAUACGAAAUCAAAUCCCACCCCCCACAAUUCUCUCAACCACACAUCCCAACUAUCGGAUCCGACGAUGUAAACCCACCUGGCGGAUCAAAUCCACUCAUGAAACCAUAUCUUGACCCACUCCAAUCCGGACCAGAUGGGGGCAUGUAUCCCACUCCCAAUCAUCCCAUAUUUGGACAGCCACCCUCGGGUGGGAAUACUUCCAGGCUCGGGGUUCCUCCUGGUGCGAGAUUUGAUGAUCCUUAUGGGGAGGAUAAUUUGGAUGAUUUGGGGAUGGGGUUGCCCGGGAAUCUUAGGGGUGGACCUCCGGGUGCUGGAGGGCCUGGAGGGCCUCAUAUGGGAGGAUUUGGUGGUCCUCCUGGUGGGUUUGGAGGGUUUGGCAGUGGAGGUCUGACUUUUGAUAGGUUUGGGGAGUGA